CAGCAGUGGUCACAAGCAAGCUGGUGUUCAACUCCUCAUCUCCAGUGCCCAGUGAAUCUCUGGUCCUCAGUGCUAUCAAUACUCUCCGUCAUUCCAGAGAGUCACAGCUCAAUGAAUCGGUGAAGGUGCUGAAUGUCACCUAUGAGAAAAUUUCAGAAACCUCCUAUGCUGUGGUCUUUACCUUUAACGUGAUUAACAUCAGCAUGCCAGAGGAACCUGUGUCUAGAGGCAACACCAACCAGAAAGUUCAGGAUACCAUCAAUAAUGCGCUGAACACUCUUCUGAAUGAACCUGGCAGUCCAACUUUACAACCCAAGACCUCCAACUUCACGACCACUUCAAACCAGAUUAAUGGCAGGAUGGAAUACAGCUUCCAGAAUGGAGAUGUCAUACAACCAUUCAGCUUCCUCAAUGAGCUACGUCUUCCAACCACUACAACAGUGUUCCCAGUCACAACAACCAGUGUUUCUGUUACUACUCCAAAACUCAUAUCUGGUUCGGCAGUGGUCACAAGCAAGCUGGUGUUCAACUCCUCAUCUCCAGUGCCCAGUGAAUCUCUGGUCCUCAGUGCUAUCAAUACUCUCCGUCAGUCCAGAGAGUCACAGCUCAAUGAAUCGGUGAAGGUGGUGAAUGUCACCUAUGAGAAAAUCUCAGAAACCUCCUAUGCUGUGGUAUUUACAUUUAACGUGAUUAACAUCAGCAUGCCAGAGGACCCUGUGUCUAGAGGCAACACCAGCCAGAAAGUUCAGGAUACCAUCAAUAAUGCGCUAAACACUCUUCUGAAUGAACCUGGCAGUCCAACUUUACAACCCAAGACCUCCAACUCCACGAUCACUUCAAACAAGAUUGAAGGCAGGAUGGAAUACAGCUUCCAGGAUGGAGAUGUCAUAAAACCAGUCAGCUUCCUCAAUGAGCUUCGCUCACAGACAGUCUUAACGACUGCCAGCACUGUGACAACUACUCCACUGAUAGUGCGUGGCCAAGCGCUUAUAUUCAUUCGCCUCGUAUUUGUCACACUGGGCCCCCUGCCAAAUCCAGAGAAGGUUCUUGAGGUGGCCAACACUCUUCUGAAGACGCGUCUCGCAACUAAACAAGACACCACAACACAAGACCUGAGUGAUCCUGUGAGCUUUGUCAACGUCACAUAUACAAAAAUCAAUGAGACGACCUAUGCUCUUGACUUUGGAUUUGAAAUCAGCAAUAUAACCAUGACUGAGAAGCUUGAACUCAGGAAUGGCACCCACCUGUUAAUACAAGACUCUAUAAACACAUUGCUGGGCAAGAUCCUCCUCAGUAACUCCUCAGCUCCUAUCAUUAAGUUCCAAGCAGCUGAUUUCACGGGCAAUUCCACAGUAAUUAAGGCCAAUGUAGAGUAUGUUUUCUCACCAAGUGAUAUCACGCAACCCAGCAUCUUUGUUCAGGAACUUAUCCAACUUAGCGAAGCGAGCACUACAACUUCCCCACCAAACUUGAUUAAGAGGGCGAUUAUUAAGAUCCGUCUCGAGUUUAUCACACUUGGAACAAGACCAAGUGAGAGUGAUGUUCUUCAGGUGGUUAAAUCUGUGGUGGCCACAAAUCUCACAACUAAACUAACCACGAGAGUAACAAUCAUGAGUGAACCUGUGACCUUGGAGAAUGUUGAGUAUUUGGGAAUUAAUGACACCGCCUACGCACUCAUUUUUAAGUUUGAAAUGAACAAAGUAUCACUGACAGCGACACAAAGUCAAGAAGCCUAUAACGAAAUCCAAAAGAAGAUAAAUUAUUUGGUGUUCCAGAUACUAAAGGACCCCUCGGUUAAUCUGUCCAUCCCAGCCAAUUUCACGGAGAGUAACGUUUUGAUUGAGGCCAAUGUUAUGUAUGUUUUCUCACAAAAUAACAACAACACGGCCUCCGGGUUCUUGGUCAGUGCCCUUUUCAAGGCUUUUACUACACCAGCUCCAACCACCAUAAGCACUACAACCUCCAACAAUGGUACAAAUGCAGCUUGGGUUGUGGCUAUUAUUGUCCCCUGUGCUAUUAUCCUCGGGCUUGUUCCUUGCUGGAUUCUCCUUUGCUGUUUGCUGUGUGGUUGCUGUGCGGCAAUCAGAAGACGUUGGCACAGAAGACAGUCGUACAACGUGCAGUACACCACUCGAAACAGUCUCUUCUAGAGAAUUCUGAGAUAUUUAACAAAAACAGGACUGAACACCAAUGAAAACAAAAAUCAUGGAUUUUGGAUAUUCAAUAUGCUAUUCAAUACUGCUUCUUUUAUAGUAAUGAAAGUACUAUGUUAAUGCUUUUAUAAAUGAUUUAUUUUAAUGUGACAUUUGAAUACGUCCUAUAGUAUAUAAUUAAAUUGUAUUAUUUUUAUUUAUUCUUAUUUAUUUGUAAUAUUCUGUUUAUGUUUACAGUUAAUAAUCUUUUGCAAAUCAUUAAUCUGCUUGACAUUACACAAUUUAAUUUUAAGGGGUAAAAGGUAGAACAUUUGAAUGAGAGCUAUUAUUUAUUCAUACUUCAUGCACUUUAACUUUAUAGAUCUAAAGCAAAUGUAAAGCAAGCUCAUGAUGUAAACGAAAUGCAAAAUUAAUAAUAAUAAUUUAUGAACGUCAUUGGCAUAAACAUGUUAAUAAAACUGUUA